UAAAGAAAACUGUCUCCUCCAGCUUCGUGCGCGCACGCCUCCACCUCCGCCUCCCCAUGGCCGCCGCCGCCGCGGGCGCGACGCCAGCGACGGCGCGGAAGGCCCUCGCGUCCACGACCUCCGCCCUCCUCUCCUCUUCACCCGCGCUCCGCCGCCGCAGCUUGUCCUGCUCCGCCGCAUCAGCAGCGACCGCCCCGCGCAUCGCGCAGCAGCCGCCGGACCUGCUCCGGUGGGUGCAGCGCGAGGGAGGUUUCGUGCACCCGGCUCUCCGAGUGGCCGAUCACCCCGAGUACGGCCUCGGGGUGUCCGCCACGGCGGCCGACGGCGUCAUCCCCCCCGGAGCCGUCCUCAUUGAUCUCCCUGGGCGCAUCCCGCUACGACUCCGCCACCCAGCCGAUGCUGCGGACGCAGUACUGAUGCAGCUCGCCGACCGAGUCCCCGAGGAACUGUGGUCAAUGAGACUCGGCUUGAGGUUGCUUCAAGAAAGGACAAAAUCCGAUUCAUUUUGGUGGCCAUAUAUCGCGAACCUGCCAGAGACUUUUACCGUACCAAUAUUCUUUCCAGGGGAAGACAUAAAGAACUUGCAGUAUGCUCCUCUCCUCCACCAGAUAAAUAAAAGAUGCCGCUUCCUUCUCGAGUUUGAGAAAGAGGUAAAACAGAAGCUUGGUACUGUGCCCUCAGGAGAUCAUCCUUUUUGUGGACAAGAUGUGCACUCGUCUUCCCUUGGAUGGGCUAUGUCAGCAGCGUCUUCACGAGCAUUCCGUCUGCAUGGUGAAAUCCCAAUGUUGUUGCCCCUUGUUGAUAUGUGCAACCACAGUUUUAGCCCGAAUGCUAGGAUUGUCCAGAAAGGAGAUGUGGAGAGCCCUGAUAUGUCAGUUAAGGUUGUUGCUGAGACGCAGAUUGAUCAAAACGCUGCUGUUACACUGAACUAUGGUUGCUACCCUAAUGAUUUUUAUCUUCUUGAUUAUGGAUUUGUAGUAACAUCGAAUCCAUACGAUCAAGUGGAACUGAGCUAUGAUGGUAAUCUUCUCGAUGCUGCUAGCAUGGCAGCAGGGGUUUCUAAUCCCAACUUCUCAACACCAGCCAAGUGGCAACAGGAAAUCUUGUCACGGCUAAAUCUACAUGGAGAGGGUGCUAUUCUGAAGGUCAGCUUAGGAGGUCCGGACAUAGUAGAUGGGCGCUUAUUAGCUGCGCUGCGAGUUCUUGCAGCUGACCCAGAGGCUGUGGGUAAGCACGAUCUGAAAACUUUGAUGUCGCUUGGCGCAAAAGCUCCUCUAGGCCCUACCGUCGAAGCCUCGGCGCUCCGAACUGUUCUCGCACUUUGCGCCAUUGCCCUCCAACACUUCCACACCAAGAUAAUGGAUGACCAGGCCGUCCUGAAGGGAGAACCCCCUCUUACUACUCAACUGGCCGUCCAGUUUAGAUUGCAGAAGAAGCUGAUGCUCGUCGACAUAAUGCAGAAUCUUAGUCGGAGAAUCAAGACGCUGUCUCCGGAGAAAUCUACUGCCUAGGAUGUUAACAAUUUGUGAUAACUCCUUUACGACAAUCAACUAUCUUUCUGUUUGAUGAUUACUGGAUAUAUUAUAAGGAUGAAUCCCCAGUUUUGAUCUUUUGCCAUUUCCCCUAUUGUUUGACAAGCAACUAGUAGAAUUGACUAUGUAUAGCCUGCAUCAUCUGAAUAUUAGAGGCGUUUUACACA